GUCGUGACCGUGGGCGGCCACUGGACGCCCGACAUGGAGCUGCUUGCCAGCAGCACGGAGAAGGACGCCGCGGACGUGAAGGCGCACCACGAGACCACGGAGUUCCGGGUCUACAACGACGUCCUCGCCCUGGACCUCGCUGGCGGGGCCAAG